AUGCAUCCAUCUGCCGCCCAAGCACUUUCCGAGUUUCUAAAGCUCGACAGCACCUUAGACAACUGUGGCAUUGCCCUUCCUCAUAUCAAUCAGCCUGGAGUACCUGGACCGCCUAAAGAUAUCAAGCGAGCCAAUCCUAUGAGUGGUAAACAAUCAAUUCGAUGUCUGCAUGGAAUUGGCAAGGCUGUUGUACCUGCACUAUCAUCUGGCCAUGUUCUUGAGCCUGUGGUGAAAUUCGUCAAGGAUAUACAGGUUAAUAUUGAUUUCAUCACAUACCAGGAUCCGGAGAUUCAACAGGCGUCUAGUGAAUUUUUACUGUAUGGCGCUGAUGCAUUACAUCAAAUGGCUCCAGCGCUAUCGUUCGAGAAUGCAAAUAAGCUUCUCCAAGCCGUUUUUGCUGCCGAAUAUGCGAGAAUCGUUGAUAAAGUUGAGAAUUUGGCGCUUUUCUCUCUUGCGAAUAGGUUAUUGGAAAAACAGUCGGAUGAAGAUACAUGUCCCAAGACUACUUACUACUGGUGA